AUGUCGGAGGUUGCCUCGGGGCUGGCUAGGCGGGCGUACUGGUUGUGUGCUAAGCGUGGCUGUAACGCUUGGAACUGGUGUGACAAGCGGUGGACGUGCAAGGCGUGCGGCACCAGUGCUCCCCCAUGGACGAAGGAGUACCGCUCCGACAAAGCCCCCCCGCGGGUCGACGCAGACGGGUUCGUGCAGCAGCCCAGGGGUAGGGCUGAGCAGCGCGCGGCGAGGCGCUCGGCCUCCCAGCGGGCCCUCUCGGGGAGCACCGCGCCCAGCAGCGCCCCCAACAGCAGGGCACGGCGGGCGCGGCCCUGGGGUGAGGCCAAGUCCCAGAUCGAGGAGCUGCAGGCGCAGCUCGUGGCGGCCAGGGAGCGCGUCGAUGCGCUCCAGGGGGCCUCGGCGCUCGGGCUCUCAGUGGACUUCCAGCGUGAGGCGGAGAAUGCCCUCCAGCAGGGCAAGGACCAGGUCGCCGCCCUGGAGCGGUCCGUCCAGGAGGCCCAGCGGACUGAGCGCCCGCCUCACCCGGUGCUCCACAUUGAGGCCAACGCCAUUCAGAAGGUCGAACGCCAGCUGGCCACGGCCCGUACCAAGAGAGAGAAGCUCCAGCUGCAGGCGUCCGAGCUGCGCGAGCUCAUCGCGGAGAAGCAGGAGCAGCUGUCGGCAGCCGAGUUGGGAGUGGAUGAAGUCACUGGGCAGAUUGCUGAGCUGGAAGAGACCAGGGCCAAGGUCACGCAGCAGGCGAUCCAGCGGGCCAACGCAGCUGUCGGAGGCGUGCCGAGCCCGCUGGGGGACGCCGUCCAGGGGUUGCUCACUCAAGUCGGCGCCCUUUCGGAUCUCCUCAAGCAGCACGGAGCCGAGCUGCCUCCCAGGUUUUCCGAGAUCGUCGGGAUUCUCAACACGCAGAAGGAGGCGGUCGCUGAUGUGCUCAGGCCCCGCAGCAGCUCGGUCAGGAAGCGUUGGGGCGACAGCGUCGGUGACGAUGGCCUCGCGACCGAGGAUGACGACAUGCCGCUCGACAUCGUGGCCUCUGGGGGGCCCGCGGCCGCCCCUCCCGCUGCCGCCCCGCAGGCAGGGCCGACCGCGGCUGGGCCGCCAGCCACGCGGGCCAGGCCAGCGGACGGACCCUACGGCCCUGCAGCGGCCCGCGGCCAGCACGGGGCGACCCUGGGCGCGUGGCCCCAGGUGGAGCCCUGCCUCGCUAAGGCCCUCGCCGAGCAAGGGGCGGCCCUCUCGGACGGCGACCCCUUGGCAGCCGUCAUCGGCAAGGCGCCGCUGGUCGGCAGCGCAGGAGGCCAGCAGCUUCGGGCUGGCCUAGUCAUGUUCGGCUGCAAUGGCAACACUUGGAGCAGGAGCAUUGAAGCCAUCGAGGCCUUCUUCAAGGCGCACGACUACUGGCCCGACGUAGUGGCGCUGCAGGAGACGAGGCUCCCGCAUGAGCGCUUGCCCAGUGCGGCGGCUCAGGCCCGCGGCCUGGGUUACGCGGCCUUCCUCCACGAGGCGGCGCUCACGGAGAAGCAGGGGCCCCAGGCGACCUCAGGCGGCGUGGCGAUUCUGGUGCGAGACGGCUUGCAGGCAGACGAGUCUGCUUACCCGUUGCCCUCGGCCUUGCGGCACCGCCUCAUCGGGGUGGAGGUCGCCGCUGCCUCGGGCCUUCGGAUCCUGGUGCUCGCUGGGUACUUUCAGCACUCUGUGGGCCCUCGAGGCACCAACCUGGACAUGUUUUCGGCCAUCCCGGAGGCGACGUGCCAUGCCGAGGGAUGCGACCACCUCUACGACUGGUUCGUGGCCUCCGCGGCGUUGGCUGCCUGCGCGGCCUCCUGCGCCACCACGCUCGAGGGCUUCGGUCUGCACCCUCAUCGCCCUGUCCUGCUUCGCCUCCAGGACGUUCGGGCAGAUGCGCUGGUGGAGGUUCCGUCCAGGCCCGCACGCUUCCCCGAAGUUGCUCCUGAGCUCCUUCGGGCGCACGAGGACGCGGAGAUUGUGUGCUACUCGGUUGGCAAGAAGGGACAGGCCACGCCUAGGGGCGUCGUGUGGUCCUGGGACACAGGCACUUCACCGCCCAACCUCUCCGUCGCCUUCAGCGAGUGGGCGGCGGCUGCCGAGGGCACCCUGGUCGGCAUCCACGGCAUCGGCCAGGCAGACUUGGCCCGUCAUCUCGGCAGAGGAGAGGGGCCGCGGCUGACCCUCAAGCCUCUCAGUGCCUUGGUCAGGCGGGAUGCCAGGUUCAGGUUCAGCCUCCUCACGCACCGCUUGAGGAGCUGCCUGGACGUGGCCCUCCAGCGGGUGCGCGCUGAGAGGACUGGCCGCUGGCACCCUCGGCAUGCAGACUGGUACGGGCACCAGGCCGGGCUCAGGGCGCAGCUCUUGCUAGAGGCGGUGCAGGAUGCUGCCGACUCGGUCGGUGGGGCUCUCCCUGGCGCAGCUCCUGAUCGACUAGGCGACCUGGUGUAUCAGGCGGGCGUCCACGGCAGCCCUGAUGCCGUUCGGGACCUCCAAGGGCUGCUCGGUGCAUCGCAGCGCCGCGACGCUGCUCAGAGCGCCCAGGCCUGGCGCAACUGGGCACAGACAGCGGUCGAGAAGGGCGGUCGUCUGGCCCACCGCUUCUCGAAGGCGACGCCCCCGCCGACGGUCAGGGACGCUGACUCGGGCAGGAGGCUUGUUGGGAUGGCAGCGAUCGGCGAGCUCACGUGUGUCUGGCAGAAGCUGUGGCUCCAGGACGGGUUUGCCCUGGGCGCAGGGGCCAGCAGCUGGGGCGUUGGCGAGUGGCGGCUGCCACCCAUCACGCUGGGGCAGCUCCAGGCGGCCUGCAAGCGCUACAGUACGGUUUUGGCUGGGUGUGCGUGUGCGACAGCGGUUGCGAAGCUCCCAGUGCUGGGCGCCCUCCUGGCCGCGGGGGCGACGUGCCCGCUGGUCACGCCGAGGAAUGUUGUCGACGACAUCUCGCUCCAGGCGGUCGGCACGGCCCGACUCGUUAAGCAGCAGAUGUUGGCCUCCAGCUGUGAAGUGGUCCGCCAGCUGCGUGAACAGCACCUCCCACUCAAUGAGAGUAAGUCGGUCUUCCUGGCCUCGUCGCCGCAGCUCGCCAAGGAGCUUUCCGAGGCGUGGGCAGCGCAGGGCUUGACCUUCAAGAGGGGACUGCAGGCGAGGAACCUCGGCACCGACGCCAACAUCACUCGUCGAGGAGUGCAUGAAGGGGCUGUGCGUGCGGUCGGCGGCCUUCGGCGUGGACGCAGGCUCGGGGUGCUUCGCUCAGCUGGUGCGGCGACCGAGAUGGUCCACCGUGCUGGGCCCACCGCGGCGAUGCUGUGGGGGCGUACUGUGACUGGUGUACCUGAUAGGGAGCUUCAUUCGUGGCGCUUGGCGGCCGUGCGCUCGGCUGGGAAGUUCCCCAAGGGCGCCUCACUCGGGCUGAGGCUCAGAGCGGUGGGGGUCAUGCGGUCCAUCGACCUCGACCCGAGCCCCGCGCUGCUUCGUGCCGCCGUGCAGAUGGCGGCCAGCCUCCUUCAGUCGGGGGAGGUCUCGCAGCGCAUGUUCGAGUCGGCCGUGCAGGAGGCGGAGCGGAGGCACGCGGGAGCAGCAGCCCCAUGGGCGCACUGCCGUACGCCAGUGGAUGCCUUGGCCCUCUCGCUCACCAGGGUGGGCUGGAGGCUCGUCCAAGGCACCUGCCUCGCCACCGACGACGGCCACAUCCUGGACCUGCGCAUGAUGGGGCCGCGCGAGCUGGGCCUGCUGGCAGCGGCAGGGGCGCGGCGUGCUUCGGACAGGUCGGAGCUGGCCCGCCUAGGCCACGGUGCGCUCCCCCCGUCGCCCUUGUUCUGGGAGGCCUUUUCGGAGGUCCUCGGGCCUGGCAGCAAGCUCAGCCCCAGGGAGAAGGCGGCGGUGUUGAGUUUCCUUUCCAAUGCCCACUGGCCCCAGACCCGUCUGCACUCGGCAGGGGAGAGGGAGCAUGCUCGCUGCUGCGCUUGCGAUGCACCCCGCGGCGGCCUCUGGCACAGGCUGUUCGAGUGUCCCGUCCUCGUGGGGCCGAGGUCGGAUGCCAUGGCGGUCAUGUGGCGCAAUCGCCCCGCCGACGGUCUCCUCGGGGGGCGUCUCUACCUGGAUGGGUCGGCGCUCGACCCCGAGCACGAGAGCCUACGGCGUGCGGGUUGGAGCAUCGUGCAGUGCGACUCCGACGGCAACAUGGAGUGCGCGGUGUACGGCAGCGUGCGCCAAGACCUCUGCCCUUUCCAGUCGGCCAAGGACGGCGAGGAUUUCGCAGUCUGGAUGCUGUCCCGCUUCCUGGGCCCGAGUGUGGACGAGAUCCUCAUCGAUUGUGCGUCUACGGUCAGCUGCCUCACGUUGGGCAAGAAGUACGCGACGGCAGCCAACAAGCCCAAUGCCCAUCUCUGGGAGGGGAUCUACGCUUCGCUGGACGUGGACAUGCUCAAGGUUACCAAAGUGGCAGCCCACUGCACCGCCAGAGACGUGAUGGAUGGCAAGAUCACGGAGGCAGACCUCCGCGGCAACGGUCAUGCCGACCGCUGGGCCAAGGCAGGUGCGGAGCUGCACCGCUCCAGCCCCGUGGCCAGGCGCGAGUUCUUCGGCACGAUGGAAGUGGUGAGGGAGCUCUCAUGCUGGGUGGCGCAAGCCUCCCUCAUCUGGCAGGGGAUCGAGGUCAAGGACUGCGAGGGCCUGCCUGAGGGCAGCGAGCGGACGGCUGUUUCCUUCGCCGUGCCCGUGGUGGAGCCCGCCAGCAGCCGCCCGUCCGACUCGGGUUCGGGCGACGGGUGGGCCUCGGCGGCGCGCGCUGGUGGAGUAUCCCUCGGUGCGACGGCCUUCGUCGUCGCUGGCCACGUCCUGGCCUUCGCCAGGUGCGGGGAGGGCGCCGCCGAGCAGGAGCUGAUGGCGUGCACCCACUGCGGGGCGUACGCGCGGCUGGGCGGGCGCUCAGGCGCGGCGCCCAAGCUCAAGGAGCAUUGCCCAGGGUCUGCUGGGCUUCCCAAGGGCAGGCGCGACCAGAAGGCACGCUGGAUGCAGGGGCGGCAUCCUGCUGGCACGCCCCACAGCGGCAGCAAGCGGGUCGGCGCGGCAGUGCCCAGCCUGCGCAAGGAGGACGUGGUGCCGAUGGACGCCAGGGUGCGCUUCCUGCAGUGGCUGGGGGUCCGCCCCGAGGAUGCCCCUGGCGGGGAGGCCGCCGGCGCCAGCCGCGGGCCCCCCAGCGGCGCGGCGGCCGCUGGCGAGGCGGCGGCUGAGCCGCUGGCGCCUGGCCCCGCGGGGGCCUCGAGGGAGGCAUGGCUUGGCGCCUACGGCCUGGACGAGGCGAGCCUCCUCGAGCGGUCAGCUGCGGCUGAGGCGGCGCGAGAGGACAGGCGCAAGAGGCGCCGCCCUGCAGUUGGGUUGGCCCUUGAGGCCCUGGGGCCAACGGGCUCCGUGGGCCUCGGGCUCCUUUUAGCCUUCAUAGGGGGUGGGCGUCGCGCCGUAAAAUGCUGGAUCGAGGCGCUGCAGGCCCCAGAGCUCAACUCCCGCCGCUCGCUCGCGCAGCCUGCCCGCCCCGCAGGCUCUCCGGCGCAGCCGGCCGUUCGACGGUUCGUUCGGCUCUGCUUCAACGUCUCGAUGCGCCUGUCCAUGCUCAAGGGUCUCCGCUGUUCUCGGCGCCGCGUCUCCUCCGCCCCCCUCGCCGCCGCGGCGCAGGUGGCCCUCGGAGCCGUCAAGGAGGAGGCGAAGCGCCAGGGCGACAAGGCGGAGCGCAUCUGCGCCGACCUGCGCGCGGAGGCCGCCGCGCUGGAGGAGCGGAGCGCCACGAGGCUGAGGGACGUGGACGUCAGGCUCUUCGCGAAGCUCGGCGAGGACCUCCGCCUCGAGCGCGAGCGCACCCAGCAGGAGGCCAAGAGGCUGGCGGAGGAGGAGCGCAGCGCGCGCAUCCAGGCCUCCAACAUCAGCACAGACGGACCGCGACUCGGCGCUGCAGGCGCGCCUGUCUGCCCACGAGGAGCUGACCACGUGCCGCCUCGACGAGAUCCGGGCGAAGCAGGACGACGCCAUGGCCACGCAGCGCCAGGCCCAGGAGGCCGCGCUGCUGGAGGCCCGGUCGGUGCUGCAGCGGCAGCUGGACGAGGCGCGCUUCGGGCCGACCCGCCGAGGGGGGGAGCCCGACCUGCGCGCGUUCUGCCCCCAUGGAGUGCCG